GAAAGGAGUUUGUACAUGAAAACAACGGAAGAUGAGUUGAGCAAAAUACAAAAGCAAGAUGAUAGUGAUGAGUGAUGACAUAUGAUACCCGAGGCUGAAACCGAGACACAGAUCCUCUUCGGCUUCUGCUGCCUGAGGCGGUGCGCGACUUUGGUUUUUUUUACACCAUUCUAUUGCUGGCAAAGUUUUGAUUUUUGAGAGGCUUGAAUUUUCUGAAAUAAAACAUUCAAGAGAUUUAAAAGAAGAAGAAGAAGGGAGUGAAAGUGAAACUAUGAACCUUGAUUGGGAACAAGAACUGAGGAAGUAUCACAAUGUUAUAGCCUCAGGGACAAAGUCUAUGCAAAUAAAAGCCAUGGUUAUGUUGGCCCGUUUCUCUAAACAUGCCCCUGAGCGUGUAUUAGCUCAGACCAUACCCCUUCUCACUGAGAUUCUUGGUCAUGAUAUCUCAAAUGAUUCUGCUCCUUCACUUCAAGAGGCUGCUGCUUAUUGCUUGAAGUGUAUUGCUUGCAGAGGUGAUGGUGGGUUGGCAAUUGAAAUAGGUGGACAUGGUGCUACACAUUCUUUGAUAAGGUUGUUGCCUCAUUCUGAUGGGAAGAUGCAGAAAGUCCUGAUAAAAUGUUUGCUUCUUGUUGUCACUUUUUGUAAUUCAAGUAGGACAGUUGUUGCUACCAAUGGUGGGUUAGAAAUCAUCAUCAGUUUGUUGAAUUCUUGCUCCAAUGAUGUUAGGCGGUAUUUGUUAGAGAUUUUGAGUUUGUUGGCAUUGAGGAGGGAUGUUAGGAAGGCACUCACUAGACUAGGAGCUCUUCAUUUUCUUGUGGAGGCUGCUGGUUGUGGCAGCAUGGUUUCUAGGGAAAGAGCUUGUCAAUCUAUUGGGUUGCUUGGAGUCACAAGACAGGCUAGGCGUACCCUUGUUGAUUUGGGAGUGAUACCGGUGCUUGUGGAGCUGUUUCGCGAUGGAGAUCAAGCCACGAAAAUUGUAGCUGGUAACUCUCUUGGUGUGAUAUCUGCUCAUGUUGAUUACAUUAGACCAGUUGCUCAAGCUGGGGCUAUCCCCCUUUAUGCUGAGCUCCUUCAAGGACCUGAUCAUGCUGGUAAGGAGAUAGCUGAGGAUGUGUUUUGUAUAUUGGCUGUUGCGGAGGCUAAUGCUGUUGAAAUUGCCGGGCACCUGGUGAGAGUUCUUAGACAAGGUGAUGAUGAUGCAAAGGCAGCCGCGGCUGAUGUGAUAUGGGAUCUGUCAGGUUAUAAGCACUCAACAUCUGUGGUCCGUGAUUCGGGUGCAAUCCCUAUCCUUGUUGAGCUUUUGGGGAGUGGAAGUGAAGAGGUAAAGGAGAAUGUUUCUGGGGCAUUUGCUCAGCUAAGCUAUGAUGGAGGUGAUAGAAUAGCACUUGCCAAUGCAGGGGCAAUUCCAAUUCUCAUUGACUUGCUGCAUGAUGAGAUUGAGGAACUAAGGGAUAAUGCUGCUGAGGCUCUUGUCAAUUUUUAUGAAGAUCCAUUAUACCAUGAUAGAGUAUCUGAUGCAAUUAAUGUUCCUUCAUUCAGAAAUAUGCAGAAUAGACUAAUUCAUAUUCGCGCAUCAAACGAGCAUAUGGCUAGAUCCUUACGAAGAAUGAGUGUUGAGCAGCUCACUUGGAACCCAGAUCUUGUAUAAUCAUUUUAAGGGUAUGUUUUGAUCUCAACGCUUUUGCUAUAGAGGUUUCAACUUCUUUAAGUUGUAUCAAUGUUACACCCUAGCAUAGAUAUAUGUUGUCAUGAGUAUUGGGAAGAGGAGAGAACUUUCCAUGUAGAGACAAUCUUGAUAUCUUUGCUGUAUAUUUCAAGAAGUUCACAUACAAAGGUAUU